AUGUCUUCAGGCAAAUUGGAAUAUACCGUUGUUAUUGUUGGUGAUGGUGGUGUUGGAAAGACAAGUUUAACAAUUUAUUUAACAGAGGGAAGAUUUGAAGCAGAAUACAAUCCAACUAUUGAGGAUGAGGAAUAUCAAUUGUUACGUGAUCAACAUUGGAGAUCAGGAGAUGGAUUUGUCAUGAAGACUUUUGAGGAUGUGACAAGUUUUGGUGAACAUAUUUUGAAGAGUAAGGAUGGAAAUGAAGUUCCAAUUGUAUUAUGUGGAAAUAAAUGUGAUUUACCUGCAACAUCAAGACAAGUCACUGAAGUUGAAGCUAAGAAAUUAUGUGAAGAAAAUGAAUGGUACUAUUUUGAAACAUCUGCUAAGAAAGGAACAAAUGUUAAUAUUGCAUUUGAAACUCUUUGUAAAGGUAUUAUUGAAUUUAAUAGCACUCCAGCUAAGGAAGAAAAACCAAAAAAGAAAGGAUUAUUCUCAAAGAUAUUCAAAAGAAAGUAA